GUGGGUGUGGGAGUGGCAUUCCGGAGAAAACAAAAUCAGCGUGAGGGCACCGGUCAACAAGUUGAACACGCCGCCCCUCCCGCUCCCUCGUUCAUAUAAUAAAUCAUUAAAUAUCUCUUUUUCUCUCAUCCGCCCGCUUUCCAAGUUCUUCCAUUACUACCUACUCCUGCAAAAUCCCUCCUUGGUCUUUAUUUCUCCUCUUUCAUAUUUUCUUCCUUGCAGGACUCCUAAGCCUUCUGCUUCUGCGCUUCCCCACUACGAUGCCACAGGUCGAAACAUUGGUCUCUACGUGUGCCGGCGAUCGCAAAAUUGCUUGCGAGACUCUCGCCGACGGUGAUAGCCACCAGACGGAAGAAGCGGAUCGGCCGAAGGUCAACCCUGAUUCCCCGCCUGAGUCCUUCUGGCUCUCUAGGGACGAAGAAUUGGACUGGUGGGACCGUAAUGCUGUCUACGAGCGAAAGGAAUCCACUAAGGGUAGCACCUCCAAUUCCGCCAAUUUGAACCCCAGCUUGAAAUCCAAGUCUCAGCGCGUUUGUUUGAAGUCCAAGGCCUCCAUUAUUGGCCUGCCAAAGCCUCAGAAACCUUCAUUUGGGGACGUCAAGAGUCGUCGAAACCACAAGCCGGGGAACACGAGACUGUUCCCCAAACGGAGUGCGUCGGUGGGAAAAUCGGAAUCCUCGCUGAACGAACCAUCGUCGCCGAAGGUUUCGUGUAUGGGGAGAGUGAGAUCGAGGAGGGAUCGAAAUCGCAGGUUGAGAAGUCGCCAAAGGACCUCUGACUCUGGACCUGCUAAAGAAAAAUUAAUGCGCAGCAAAAGCAGAAACCGGAAGCCAGGGUUCUUUGAAAGUUUUCGAGCUAUUUUCAGGUCCCGCCGCCGAGGAAACGAGGUCCAGAAAGCCGAUCUUCCGCCAGGAGAUUCUCCCCCAAGAAAGAGCCGGGCCACGCCGGGGCGGCAUAGCACAGCUAGCGAUAUCGACGCAUCUUUCGCUGAGUCGACCCCGAGAAAUAGCGUAACGGAGAGUGAACCCCCCGGUUUAGGUGGGAUGAAGCGGUUCGCAUCUGGAAGGCGGGCCGGCGCGUGGGGAGUAGGUGAUCCUGAGAUCCACGUGCCGCAAUAGGCGUCAGCGGAGCGGUUCGGCGACGGCGCUCCUCGUGAGCUUGCAUAUUUGAAUUCUAACCGGCAUUUCGGGAAUCGCCGCUGCUUGUGCUGGUGACAGAUGACGUGGCGUGUCGAGAACGGUCUCAACAGUGCCCAUAUACUUCUGCUUUUACUGUGAUUGAUUCGUGGUUAAUACUGCCGCUUGCUGUUUUAACCUUUUCCUUUUUCUUUCUCUGCUCUUUAAAGCGUCCUAACAAUUUGUAAAUAGAUUACUGAGUGCUUUCCCUUUCCGCCAAGAUCAUACGUGUGUGUUUUUUAAUAAGUGAGCAGUUGUAAAAUUCAUAUUAGUGCAUCCGAGCGUGUAAAUUUUCUCCCUCCUUUUGUUUGGAUAAGAUAAAAGAACUCAGAAACAUUGAUGAUCAUGAGAAGUGUUAUAGCCAAAACCUGAAUGAUAA